UUCAUCCUUGGGUUUCUGGCAGGAUGUGCGGCCAUCAUCGUCGUGCUCGCCUUGGUGGCCUUUUCGCUAAUCAAGUCUGGUGAUGUAUACGGGCUUGGCCACUGGAAGUUGAAUGUCAAGGCACCAUUUCCGUCAAUGUGGAUGAAUCUGGGAUACUGGCAAGUUUUUCACCUCGACGAGGCUGCGCGCAACAUGCUCCUCCACAUCCUGAAAGCCGCUGGCCUUGUAUCCAACAAGACGGCCCGAAACUCGGUUGCCGUCCUAGACGUGGGCUUUGGAUGCGGUGACCAGACCGUAGCACUUGCAGAGCUCAUCCAGGCUCCAUCACGGCCUCUCCGCUACGUCGGCCUUACGCUGAACGAGACGCAGCGGCAGGCAGCGCAGCAGAGACUCGAUGCCUCCCUAGUGGCAGCCGACAGCAAACACGUUGACAACCUGUCAAUCAAGCUCUUUCAAGCAGAUGCCGCAAAGCCACAGUCCUGGGACAAGGCAAUCACCACCGCCGUCGACACCCUCUCGGACAAGGCCUCGGAGCGCUGGCUCCUCGGCCUAGACUGCCUCUACCACUUCUCGCCCUCCCGAAAGCCCAUCUUCCAGCACGCCUCCCAGACCCUCGACGCAAACGUCAUGGCCUUUGACCUCAUCCUCGGCGACAACACAACCCUGUGGCAAACACUGGCCGUCCGGCUGCUAGGCUUCAUCCUGCUCUGUCCAUGGCAGACCUUCUUAACAGAGGCGCAGUACCGCGAGCAACUGGUCGAAUGCGGCUACGACAGGGGGGGUAUCGAGAUACAAGAUGUUUCGGACCAUGUGUUUGCUGGCCUGGCGGGCUUUCUGCAAAGACAGGAUGCUGCGCUGAAGCCGUAUGGGAUAUCGCUGACGGGGUACAGUGCAGUUGGGAGGGUGUAUGAUUGGUUUGAUCGGACGAGGGUUCUGAAGGGUGUGAUUGUUGUUGGGCGG